AUGUCUGAACUGUCUCUCACUCUUCCUGGUCAGGGUGCAAAUGAGUUGGCCCCGACUCUGGCGGACCCCUGCAAGGCAGGGAUGCUCAAAGCAGGCACAUUGGAGGAGCUGGUGGACCACCUGGUGCCUGCCCUGCUGUUCGGGGACCCGACAUACAUCCCUAUCUUCCUAUGCACUUAUCGACGUUUUGCCACCACCCAGCAGGUACUGGACCUGCUGUUCACUAGAUACGCCUCCUUCUUCCUCUACUCUAAUGAGGUUGGUGGACCACGGCAGCAACUCAAACUAGCCAUGUCAUACAUCUUGGGUACUUGGCUGAACGAGUACUCCAGGGACUUCACUGAACCUCCAGACUUCCCCUGCCUCAAGAAGCUGGUGGCUUACCUGAAGUUCAACAUGCCUGGCUCAGAUGAAGAGCGCCAUGCCAAACUUCUCCUUGUCCACCUUGAACACCUGGUAUCCAGCGAGGAAAAGUCUGAGGUGAUUUGUCUUGGAACAGCUCCACGGCCAGAGCCCACUGAGGCGCCUCUUCUGGCACACAACCCCAUGGCUAUACCGUCAUUAGGUCCAUUGCUGCUGCUAUCGCAAUCUUCAGAGGCAGAGAGGGCUCUAACACCUGCCCUGGAGAAAGAGCCCACUCAAAUGGUAGCUCUAGAGCACCAGUCAUAUUCUGGAUGUUCUCCAGAAUGGGUUCCAGCUCGCACACAGUCCCUUGAGCUUGAGCCAGCUCCGGCAGCAUUCCUACCAAGGGGCGCUUCCUGGGAAUCCCUGGAGUCAGUGGACAGCCAAGCCAGCGAGAAGAAGCCAUCCUUUAUGGUCUUCCCUCCCCAGCUGGUGGCACAGCAGUUCACACCAAUCGACGCUGAGCUGUUCAAGAAGGUGGUGCCCUACCAAUGUCUGGAGUACAUCUGGUUCCAAGGGGACAAAAGCGCAAAGGGGCAUGUGGCACCCACCGUUCGUGCCGUUGUCACCCACUUUAACUAUGUGGUGAAUUGUGUGAUCCAAACCUGCGUUGGGGAUGAGAACUUGGAUGCUUCUGACAGAGCCAUGGUGGUGGAGAACUGGAUCGAGGUGGCCUGGGAAUGUCAGGUUCUGAAGAACUUCUCCUCCUUCUGUGCCAUCCUCACCGCUCUGCAGAGCAAGGCCAUCCACCGCCUGCAGAGGACAUGGAAAGAGGUUGCCAGAAGGAGCUUUGAAGCAUUCCAAACUAUGUCAAAGUCUUUGACUCACAAAACCAACCAGCUUGUGAACAGAGAGCUGCUCUGUCAGGGUGUCAUCAGUGGAGCCAUCCCCUUCCUGGGAACAUUCCUAAAUAUCAUGGCCAGGGUGGAGAGCAGUAUGGAAGAAUACAUCCAUGUGAGUGACCACGGGUUUGGGGAACUAGGGCUGGGUGGUGACGGCCCCUCGGUGACCGCUGAGUUGUCACAACUCACAAGACACAAGGGCCUCACAGCUGCCCAGUUUAUACCCACUGCACCAAUGGUACCUGUUGAUUCCCUGGAGCUGCUUGACCUUACAAUCGAAUUUAAAGUCAUCACAAAUAUAACUAUGCUCCAGUCGGCCUGUGAAAACUACUCUUUCCGACCUCAUGAGUAUUUUCUGGAGUGGUUUAGGGACACGGAAGUGCUCACCAUGGAUGAGAGCCACCAGGCCUCCAACACAACUGUGAACAGGAGCGGCAGUUUCCAGGGAGAACCCUGGAAUGAGGUCAGGUGCAGCCCUGAUCUCAGCACUGAGGACACCGGAGAUCCCUGCAGCCUGUACUUGGCAGGCUCUUCUAGCGUUGACAUGAAGGACAUCCACAAGACUGUUACCCUGGAGGCUUCUGCUGACCUGGAAGACAAGGUGACCACCUGA